GCUUAGUUUUUCCGCUGAGGCUGGGACCAGUGCAAUUUUUCCACUGAGAGCUAGCGACUCUCAUCUUUGAAAAUGGCGCUGAGAACAGUAAGCAGGAGAGGCCUAGCAGGUCUAAGCAGAAAUGGCGGGGGCUUAGGGUUGGGGUUAGGGCUUGUGACAGUCCGUGGAUUGAAGACCUUCACGCUGCCCGACCUACCCUACGACUAUGGGGCACUGGUGCCCUACAUUAGUGGAGAGAUCAUGCAGCUCCACCACCAGAAGCACCACCAGACCUACGUCACCAACUUCAACAACGCCCUCGAGCACCUUGACCAGGCCAUGGCCAAAGGCCACUCCCCCACCAUCGUCAAAUUACAGAGCGCCAUCAAAUUCAACGGCGGAGGUCAUAUAAACCACUCUGUUUUCUGGAAAAAUCUGACCCCUGUUCGAGAAGGAGGUGGUGAGCCUCCAAAGGGUUCCUUAGCACGGGCAGUUGAGAAUCAGUUUGGUUCCUUAGAUUCCCUGAUUCAGAAAGUGAAUGUAGAAGGUGCUGCUUUGCAAGGUUCUGGUUGGGUGUGGCUUGCUCUUGACAAAGAUCAGAAGAGGCUUUCUAUUGAAACCACAUUCAAUCAGGAUCCGCUUGUUGCCAAAGGAUCAAGUUAUGUUCCUCUCCUGGGUAUAGAUGUAUGGGAACAUGCUUACUACUUGCAGUACAAAAACGUGAGGCCAGACUAUCUUAAGAACAUAUGGAAGGUUAUUAACUGGAAAUAUGCAAGCGACGUGUAUGAGAAAGAAUGUCCUUGAGGCAAAACCACAUCCUUGGUAAGUAACUUGUAGGUAGGGUCUGUCCAGUUUGUGCAGGAAUAAUAAGCAUCUGUUGAUGGGAGUCCAAAACUUGUAAUGAGACUUCCCAUCUUUUUUGGUGAUGCGUGGGGUAUCAGCUUUCGCGAACUCGUUUCUUUUUUUCUUCUAUUUUCUGAGAAUCUAUUUUCCUCUUCUGUGUAAUAAACCCUGUAUUACAAAUGAAUUAUGUGUUUACUUAAGUUGACAAUGGUGAAGCAUGCAGCUCCCUAUUGUAGAUCA